AUGGCUUGCACUUCGAAGUUCUGCGAUAACUUUGCCCGGCCGAACGUUCAAUGCAAUUCUAACAACUCCUUGCAACGGCCGCAGUUCGUCAGCCGGGAGGUCAUCAUGGCAGGGAGCUGGCUCGAAUCAUCGUCCAAGGUGCCGGCUUCUUGGUUCGAUGAGCCGUUUGUGACUUGGACUGGGAAGAAUGAAAUAGACGGGAACUUGGGGUGGGCGAAGAGGAAGUCCCCCAGGAUGCCACAAGCGACUGGUGGCGAGUGGUUCGCCCUUGGAACUGACCUCUCUCCAGACCGAAUUUGGGCACGUGUCUCCAGCUACCCCUUAUACAGCUUGAUUCUCUUGCGGCGUACAGCUCUCAUCAACGGAACGUCGCCUCUGCAUUUUCUCGAUAUCCUCCGAAUAUACAUAUCUCUUCACGACCUCGACCGCUUAGUCGCAAUGGCCACGUUGGAAGCAAUGCCGUUGAUGGCAACUUUUGCCCAUGAGUUCUUCCCGUGCUCAAAAUGCGUUGCGGAAAGCUUCUACGAGGUCAUUCUUGCAACAUCAGACGCCAUCAGCAAAGGUGCCACGCGUGUCUCCGAAAGCCUGUCGCAUGUACAACAAGUUAUCAUAGCACGCGCAGUCGACGGGACCCCAGCCCAGAACGAGCUAUCGGGCUGUGUCACCCCUAACGAAGUCUACCUACAUGCCCCUAAGAAUGAGACGCGAGACACUUCGUACGAUGUUGGCGUCAACGCACCGCUCCAUGACCCGGUUUUGGACACGAUUUACGCCUACCCAUACGGAUUUCCUGGCGGUGAUUUCACAUGGACUGGUCCCAUUAGUACAUGGGACGAAGUAACAAACGUACGAAUACGGAUAUGUCCCCUUCCACUGGUAACUGUUGUGGAGAACAAAACGCUCAUCGUUGAUGUCGUGCAGACAACCCCACAGGAUCCCGGCGCAAGAAAGCAAUCAGCCCUCGGCACAGAAACGACACGUACGGGAAGUUUUGACCACUGGUUAGAGGGUCUUUGGGCUAGAUUGAAAGAUUGGCUCCAUUGGGAAUGCGUCGUAAGGCGACCAACGUUUGGAUACAUAUGUGUCGCAGCUGCCCCUCGGAUUCAACGACAAGGCGUUCUUUACAGCGGUCCUGCGGCAAUGUCUGGAUUUCCGCCGUACGAUCUCAGCGACCGAGAUGUCGAAUUUCGAGACAAAAGCUAUAGAGCGGGAGAUGAUGAUUUGCACGGGCUGAAUAUUACUGAAGGCCAAGGUCGCCGUAAUGGAAUCAUGGCGGUAAUGCUACCGAAACGCCAGGUCUUUUCUCUCAGACCGAAAUCAGAAGCACUCGACUCUCACGUCACAGAGGAUGGCCUUGGACUCGAACUAUCCAGUUUCUCUAUGUUCCUGGUGGCUCUAUGGUUCUUAGUCGUCUUGAAUCAAGCGGUUGGUGGGUUCUCCCUAGAUUUGCGACCUCUAGGCCAAGAGUGGUGUUUUCGACAUGACACGGCGGAUCUGACAGAGUUAUGCGAUGCCUCAACUCUGUCUAGGGUGCCAUCUCAAUUGCCUGGGGGCUCUGCCAAAACCAUCGAAGUCUCGCGACUGAAGUUUGGGCAUCUGCGGAUUUGUGUUUUGGAUAAUGUAAGUCUACGGGGCGUGAUGCUCAUGGAAAUGAAGUAUACUCGGAACAAAGCGCGUUCUUUUACAUUGAUCAACCGCGACAAAGUCGAUGGAAGUCUGAUCUACGCUCCUGAGCCCAUCCAGGUUUCAAGUCCAGUCCGGUCCAUCAGCGACAGAAUCAUUUUGGUAUAUCAGGCAUGUGGAAUGACGUUCUGUGAAGAUUUCGUGGCGCAUAUGUUCUUGUUGGUAACGCCGAUCGCAACGGUCCCCCGGGUUUCGGAACCUUCCCUCAGCGGAGAGCACGGAUCGAGUUGGAAACCCACUAAACAUUACCGACGCAGCUUCAAAAGAAUAGGUUCGCUUGCCACUUUCUUUUGGAAAGAGGAUGAUGUCUCUACCUCCUUACAAGCAUACCCCACGGCAGCAAGAUUAAGACUCAAGAAUGUUGUCAAUACGAAUAUAGGACCAACCAUCUCAUCUAUCAAUUCAUGGACCACGUCUGUGCCGCAUUCAAAUAAGCUCAAAUACAACGUUGUAACGAUGCAAAAGUUAGUCUUAAUCUGUCGUGUUGGAGUGAGCGAGUGCGCGUUGGGCUCGCAUGGGUGGCCGCAAACGGCCCGAAAUCCAACGGAGGGCAAGUUGAGAUGUGUUUCUCACUCGAAUAAGAGCGAGAAAAACAAACAGAGAAAACAGCGAGUCAGACCUGAGAAUUUCAUCGUGGAAAGGAGGUUUGUGGUUGAUCCGAAAGCAACUAGACUGAUGUGCCAGUGGGCGGCCAACUCCUUCACUACCUCCAACUCGCCACGGGAGCACCGACCUGUCGGCUUCUUGGGCUCUCACACAGGGCUGCUCUGCACUCUUCAUCAGCAGGCUGCAACGAAGCUAGACGCGACUAUUCUCCACCACUCCUUUACACCAUCGUCCCCUAAUUCGAGAAUUGAUAUGGCUUUCGUCUUGGCUUCUGUCGAAAAGGAGCUGAACCUGUCCAACAUUCCGUAG